AUGAUGAGCAGAAAUGUCACUGGUGUUGAAGUGAAAAAUGCAAUGUUUAAUAUUGGUGGUUUGAAAGCCCCGGGUGCUGAUGGGUUUCCUUCCCUUUUCUAUCAGAAGCAUUGGAAUAUUUGUGCUAGUGAGAUUACUCAAAUGGUGACACUUGCAUUCCAAUGUGGUAAGAUUCCUAUGGGACUUAAUCAUACUUUAAUUGCCUUAGUUCCCAAAGUCUCUAGUCCUCAAGAUAUGGCUCUUUUUAGACCUAUCAGUCUAUGCAAAACGCUGUAUAAAGUGAUAUCUAAAGUGUUGGUUGCAAGAAUCAGACCUUACCUGAGGAAUCUUAUUAGUCCUAACCAAGUCAGCUUUGUCCCUGGGAGACAUAUCUCUGAUAAUAUAGUCAUUGUUCAGGAAGUUCUGCAGAAAUACCAACAUUCUCAUGGUGGAAAGGGAUUUAUGGCUUGGAAAAUUGAUUUGUCCAAGGCUUAUGAUAGACUAAAUUGGGGAUUUAUUGAGACAGUUUUGGUUGAGGCUCAGUUCCCCACUUCCAUUGUUAAGUUAAUUAUGGAGAACUUACUGAGACAUUUCGAGUCAGUAGGGGGAUUAGACAAGGUGAUCCCUUAUCACCCUAUUUAUUUGUCUUACGACUUGAUCCUUUUUGCGGAUGCAAGCUGCGAACAAGCAAGGAUUCUUAAGAGAUGCUUAGAUGUCUUCUGUGAUAUUUCAAGUCAAGAGAGUCGUUUGGCUGGUUGGAAGAGCAAGAUGCUCAAUUUAUCAGGUCGACUUACUCUUAUUCAGGCUGUUACUAAUUCUAUCCCGGUUUAUACAAUGCAAUUACCUGUGUCUAUAUGUGAUGCAUUGGACAAGUGUAAUAGAGAUUUUUUGUGGGGAGACUGUAAUGGCAAGAAAAAAAUCCAUCUAGCUAACUGGGACUUGGUUUGCCGACCUAAGGAGUUUGGUGGUUUGGGAAUUAAAAAGGCUAGCAUGAUGAAUCAAGCGAUGCUUGUGAAAAUUGGUUGGAGAAUGGUUCAGGAAGAUCAGGGCUUAUGGCGUAAUGUUUUGAAUAAAAAGUAUGUUAAAUCUGUACCUCUUCUUAAUCCACUUUACGCUUGCCCUUCAGGAUGCUCCCGUACUUGGAGGAGUAUUAUCUUUGGUGUGAGUUUGUUAAAACAAGGUUUGAGUUGGAGAAUUGGGGAUGGUUCAUCCGGCAAUUUCUGGAAUGAUAGAUGGUUACCUGAUGGACCGCUUGUUCAAUUUCUUCCUGAUGUUUCUGAUAUUGAUUUACAGAUGCAGAUUCCUCCCGGUUUUAUGGGAAGUGGACCUGACAAACUUAUUUGGGGUGGCACUGCCAACGGUCACUUCACUAUGAGUCUAUCCUUCACCUCCUUAGAGACUGCCCAAGUGCUAAUGUGCUAUGAGAGUUUGGAAUGUUGCUGGUACAUAUGGAAAUGGAGAAAUAAGGCGAUUUUUGAUGGUGAGUUUCAUGUUCCUUUUAAUCCCUGCAAAAUCAUUAUUGAUGCAACCAAAGAAUGGACUACUGCUAAUACUAGUGGCCUGACCUUUGCGCAAAGGACUACUGUGAGUUUGCAUUGGGAGAAACCCCCAAUGAAUUGGAUUAAACUUAAUGUUGAUGGUGCCAGAAAUCAUGCAGGUAUGAUUAGUGCUGGUGGACUAUUGCUAAUACUAGUGGCCUGA